UAAAAGUGGGUAAAAUACGUAAAAGCAUCUGAAAAAAGGGCCGGAACCUUCCUACAAAUCCAGUCUCUUAAGCGGGAUUAAUAAUCUACUAAUUACAAACUGCCUAUUUAAUCUCUCCCAUUCAUCCCUGUUUCUUCCCACAACGCACUCACUCGCUCUCUCUUCUCUCCUCUCUCUCAUUUCAUUUCGGGUGUGCGCACGUUAAGCAGCGACUGAGUGCGCACGUUAAGUAGGGACUGAGUGCGCACGUUAAGCAGCGACUGAGUGCGCACGUUAAGCAAUAAUGUCUCGUAAAGCCGUGUUGUUCAUAGGACUUCUCUGCGCCGCCGUGGCCGCAGUCUCCGCCCAAGCUCCGGCGACCUCUCCGUCCACCACUCCAGUUCCUCCCACCCAAACCACUCCCACCGCCUCUCCGCCGGCCAACUCCCAGCCCCCGCCCGCUCCCGUCGCAACCCCACCGGCCUCAUCUCCGCCUCCCGCCGUCCAGUCUCCUCCGCCCGUCGCCACUCCACCACCGGCCACUCCCCCACCCGCCACUCCUCCACCGGCCACUCCGCCACCCGCCACUCCCCCUCCCACCACUCCUCCACCAGCCACUCCUCCGCCAGCCUCUCCACCGCCGGCCACUCCUCCUCCCGCCACUCCUCCUCUCGCCACUCCACCACCCGCCACUCCUCCUCCGGCCACUCCUCCGCCCGCCACUCCUCCGGCUGUUUCGCCGCCUGCUCCUGUCGCCUCCCCACCGGCAGCUGUGCCAGCUCCCGCUCCCAGCAAGAAGAAGGGGAAGGCUCCGGCGCCGUCGCCUGUGGCCCUCGGUCCAUCCCUCAGCCCACCCGCUCCGCCGACCGAGGCUCCUGGGCCGAGCUUCGGCGCUACCUCUCCAUCUCAGGAUCAGAGUGGAGCAGAGAAGGUGUUGUCCAUGGGGAAGAUGAUUGGGAGCUUGUGCCUUGGAUAUGCUCUCCUCUUUUUGAUGCUGUAGAUUGGGAGAUCUCUCUCUUUGCCUUUUUCUUUCCUCUUUCGUACUUGCUGUUUGUUAUUUUAUUUUUGUCCUCAUUAUAUAUAUAUUAUUAUUAUUAUUAUUGGUUGCCAGUUUUAGCCCAUGUCUGUAUAUGGGACUUCCAGUUCACUACCCAUUCGGUUGCAUUCUUUGGAGGUUUUUGAGGGGAGCUUUUGUAUUUGUGACUAUCGGAGGGGGAGUUGUUUUGUAUUGAGAUAUUCAUAGUUCUUUCUCUCAUUAUUUUUUCGUCUCU